UCAAAUUAGCACCAAAACACAAACCAAAAUUUCACUUGCAAGAAUGGCAUCAUCAUCAAUCAAUAACCGCAAACCAAGUGAAAUUUUCAAAGCACAAGCCCAAUUAUACAAACACAUGUAUGCCCACAUAGAUUCCAUGACUCUUAAAUGGUCAAUUGAAAUGAACAUACCAAACAUAAUCCACAAUCAUGGCAAACCAAUUUCUCUUUCAAACUUAGUUUCAAUUCUUCAAAUUCCAUCAUCGAAAAUCGAUAACGUGCAACGUCUCAUGCGUUACCUUGCGCACAACGGAUUCUUCGAGAUAAUAAAAAAUCAAGAAUUGGAAAAUGAAGAUGAAAAAGAAGAAGAGGCUUAUGCUCUCACUAUUGUUUCAGAGCUUCUUGUUAAAGGAAGUGAACUUUGUUUAGCUCCAAUGGUUGAGUGUGCUCUUGAUCCAACAUUUUCAUCUUCAUUUCAUAAGUUCAAGAAAUGGAUUUAUGAAGAAGAUCUUACACUCUUUGGUGUUAAUUUAGGAUCGGAUUUUUGGGAAUUUCUUAAUGAAAAUCCUAAAUAUAAUACAAUGUUCAAUGAUGCAAUGGCUAGUGAUUCCAAAAUGAUAAAUUUGGCAUUGAAAGAUUGUGAUUUUGUGUUUGAAGGGUUGGAAUCAAUUGUUGAUGUUGGUGGUGGAAAUGGAACAACAGCUAAGAUUAUUUGUGACAAAUUUCCUAAGUUGAAAUGUGUUGUGUUUGAUAGACCAAAGGUAGUUGAGAAUUUAUCUCAAAGUGGUAAUUUGACUUAUGUUGAUGGGGACAUGUUCACAUAUGUUCCUAAAGCUGAUGCUGUUUUGCUUAAGUGGAUCUUACAUGAUUGGACUUCUAAGGAUUGUAUAAGGAUACUGAAAAAAUGUAAAGAAGCUGUUACAAGUGAUGGAAAAAGAGGAAAAGUGAUUGUGAUAGAUAUGGUGAUAAAUGAAAAGAAAGAAGAUAAGCAACUUACAGAAAUAAAGCUCCUUAUGAAUGUAUCAAUUUCAUGUCUUAAUGGAAAAGAGAGAACUGAGAAAGAAUGGAAGAAACUCUUCAUAGAAGCAGGGUAAACUUGGUGCAUUUCUUCUCAAUGUUUAAGAACUGUUAGAUGUUGAUGUUGGGGUGGUAACAUUCAUAGUGGGGCAUCCCUUGCUGUCAUGGUACCUUCUUAAUAAGUUCUGCCAUGUUUAGUUUGUAUUAUAUUGUGGGAGUUGUCAAGCUGGUUUUGU